CCUGUCACUGGCCUCCAUUCCCAUCCUGCAGCUCCUUCCCAGGACAGCCGCCUGCCCAGCCUCGAGAUGGCCUACGUCCCUGCACCGGGCUACCAGCCCACCUACAACCCGACUCUGCCCUACAACAUGCCCAUUCCUGGUGGCCUCAGCAUCGGAAUGUCAGUUUACGUCCAAGGAGUGGCCAACGAGAACAUGAGGCGGUUCUUUGUGAACUUCGUGGUGGGAAGCUCCCCAGGGUCAGACAUCGCCUUUCACUUCAAUCCCCGUUUUGAUGGCUGGGACAAGGUGGUCUUCAACACGAAGCAGGGCGGCCAGUGGGGCGAGGAGGAGCGGAAGAGGAGCAUGCCCUUCAGCAAGGGCGCUGCUUUUGAGCUGGUCUUCAUGAUCCUGCAGGAGCACUACAAGGUCGUGGUGAACGGAAACUCCUUCUAUGAGUACAAGCACCGGCUACCCUUACAGAUGGUCACCCACUUGAAUGUGGAUGGGGAUUUGCAGCUGCAGUCCAUCAACUUUCUUGGAGGCCAACCUGCCCCAAACCAGACUCCUGGAUACGGUGGUCCUCCCCCUCCACACAUGCAGAUGCAAAUGAAUGCCCUGCCGAUUAUGUCAGGACCCCCAGUCUUCAACCCGCCUGUGCCAUACACGGGGGUCCUGCACGGGGGCCUCAGCCCUCGCAGGACCAUCAUAAUCAAGGGCUUCGUGCCCCUCACAGCCAAAAGCUUUGCCAUCAACUUCAAGGUGGGCUUCUCAGGGGACCGGGCACUGCACAUUAAUCCCCGCCUGUCUGAGGGCGUCGUGGUCCGGAACAGCCACCUGAACGGCUCCUGGGGCUCCGAGGAGAGGAAGCUCCCCCACAACCCAUUUAGGCCGGGCCAGUUCUUUGACCUCUCCAUCCGCUGCGGCAUGGAUCGCUUCAAAGUUUACGCCAAUGGCCAGCACCUCUUCGACUACUCCCAUCGCCUUCCAGCCUUCCAGAGCGUGGACACGCUGGAAAUCCUUGGCGAUGUCACUUUGUCCUAUGUCCAGAUCUGAUCCAUUCCUGGGCACAGUUCGAGGAAAACAGAAAGAUCCUCUGGGAUCCCCACCUAAGCCCCCAAUAAAAUGUGUGAGAGUGUCUCAUGUG